AUGCACAACCGCAUCGCCACUGGAGAUCGCAUCCUGCAGUGGAAUGCAAAUGCUGAUGCCACAUGCCCUCUUUGUCAACACCUCUUUUUUGCGUGCGAGUAUUCAAGGCUGGUUUGGGAACCUCUGGCAAAGGACAUCCUAAAGGAGAAGUAUACUACAGAUUGGGAUCAAAAUCUGAGUAUAUUGAAGAGCCGUGCUUUCAGUGGAAUAGCUCAGUUUUUCAUCCGAUACACUUUCCAUGCCACCAUUUAUGGUUUGUGGAGAGAAAGAAAUGCCAUAAAGCAUGGAGAAACCCCUUCCCCUCGUCAGCGACUAGUAAAGGUUAUCGACAAAGCUGUUCGAAACCGCCUCAGCACAAUCCGGCUUAAAGGAGGAAGAGACUAUGAGAAUGGACUUGUUUACUGGUUUGACACUAGAGCCUAA